CCUGCCAACUGAUGACUCCACCUGAAAGGAAAGCGCUUACACAUGAUCCAUACACGCUGGCUCUAUCGGUAUAGCUGAGUCCAAGAAGCGUGAAUCAAGAUUGAUCAGUCCACACAGUCGCGUGUAGAAGGCGUGCCCAAGACCGCUGUCAGAGAUAGAAGAGAGAGGGAGAGAGAUAGAGAGAGUAUACCGGCCCCAAAAGUGCGUCGCUGCGUUUACAACAGGAACGCUGAUGCAGCGCGCGUCACCGGCAAAGUCCCGCCUCGAUCGAUUUGCGCCUGCCAUCGCCCUGCGCUGCUUCGUUCGUGCGCGCGUGGCGGAACCCUCCACGGGCGUCACUUUCCUUCGCCCGCAUGAAGUUUCCAUCGUCACCCUUAUCCACCACCCAUUCCAAAAGCCUUAGCUCGACCUCGUCGACCUCACCGCCAAGCUCCAACCCGCGCACACACGUGGCUACAACUCAUUCACCCUCAGACAAACAGUCCACGCUGUUGUCUCGAUCUUUAUCGCGUCUUCGCUCCCUCACCUCACACCUCCACACAUCUUCGCAUCGCAAGAUGACCGCCGUUGCUGACAUUGGUCUGAUCGGUCUGGCCGUCAUGGGCCAGAACCUGAUCCUGAACAUGAACGACAAGGGCUUCACUGUUGCGGCUUACAACCGAACAACUUCCAAGGUCACUGACUUUAUGAACAACGAAGCCAAGGGCACAAAUGUUGUCGGCACGCACUCCAUCGAGGAGUUCGUCGCGAGCCUCAAGCGCCCUCGCAAGAUUAUCAUUCUUGUCAAGGCCGGACCUGCAGUCGACGCCUUUAUCGACCAGCUCACCCCCCACCUCGAGAAGGGAGACAUUAUCAUCGACGGAGGUAACUCGCACUACCCAGACUCGAUUCGCCGCACCGAGGCGCUCCAGUCCAAGGGUCUCUUGUUCGUCGGUGCUGGUGUGUCUGGUGGUGAAGAGGGAGCUCGCCACGGUCCGUCUAUCAUGCCUGGUGGAUCAGACGCUGCUUGGCCUCACCUGAAGGAGAUCUUCCAGAAGACCGCGGCGCAAUCCGACGGAGAGCCAUGCUGCGACUGGGUCGGCCAGAGCGGUGCCGGACACUAUGUCAAGAUGGUCCACAACGGGAUCGAGUACGGAGACAUGCAGCUCAUCUGCGAGGCUUACGACAUUCUCAAGCGAGGCCUCGACCUCCCUCCCACGGAGAUUGCCGACAUCUUCACCAAGUGGAACUCCGGUGUGCUUGACUCUUUCCUCAUCGAGAUUACUCGUGACAUCCUCAAGUACAACGACGACGAUGGUGAGCCUAUGAUCGAGAAGAUCCUUGACUCCGCUGGUCAAAAGGGCACGGGCAAGUGGACUGCCAUCAACGCACUCGACCUCGGUCAGCCAGUCACUCUCAUUGGUGAGGCUGUCUUUGCGCGCUGCUUGUCUUCCUUGAAGGGCGAGCGUACCCGCGCAUCUCAGCGUCUUUCUGGGCCCCAAAAGGUUGCCUUCGCUGGAGACAAGCAACAAUUCAUCGACGACCUCGAGCAGGCUCUGUACGCCUCCAAGAUUGUGUCCUACGCUCAAGGAUUCAUGCUCAUGCGAGAGGCUGCCAAGGAGUACAAGUGGACCCUGAACAACCCUUCCAUUGCCCUCAUGUGGCGUGGUGGUUGCAUCAUCCGCUCCGUCUUCCUCAAGGACAUUACCAACGCUUUCCGUAAGAACCCCCAGUUGGAGAACUUGCUCUUUGACGACUUCUUCAACAAGGCCAUUCACGAUGCUCAGGUCGGCUGGCGUCGCGUGAUCGCUCAGGCUGUGCUCUGGGGUAUCCCCACUCCUGCCUUCUCCACUGCUCUGGCUUUCUUCGAUGGCUACCGCACGGAGCGCCUGCCUGCCAACUUGCUGCAGGCUCAGCGUGACUACUUUGGUGCUCACACCUUCCGCGUGCUGCCCGGAAAGGAGAACGACAGGCUCAAGGCUGGUCAAGAUGUCCACGUCAACGUGAGUGAUCCAUUACAGAUUUUGCAACAUGAUGUCGUCCUGUAGGUAGUCCGCUGACCGAUUCUUUGCCGUUGCGUAGUGGACCGGCCGCGGUGGAAACGUCUCGGCGUCCACUUACACUGCCUAGAGCGAACUGCAAAGUUUGCUUGGUAGCGCUUCAAAUGUCCGAUAGAGAGCGUCCCAGACUCAAUUCAUCCUGCGGCUCAGUACAUGUCAGUG